CAUAAAUUAUGUCGGAGUUCUCCGACUGAAGAAGGAGAGAAAACAAAAAAACAAAACAAAAAUGAGAGGGAAAAUUGCUUAGAGAAUCAUCGUUAUCAUCUUCCAUAGUACUCCUCCUCGAAGUCGUCUUCGCUCUUUCCUCUCGAAAAUCUCCAGAAUUCUCUCUAAUUAAGUAGCUUCGGUAAAACCCCUCGUGAAUUCCACUUGUUUUUUUGACCUAGUCCGGCACUUGUGAGGAGCGUUAAGAGAAUCGUCGCUUCGGAGAUCGUCGGAGACGGCGGAGGAGCUCCGCCGUGUAAAUUAGUUGUUCACCAUGAGUCCAAUUCAGAAUUUCGAGCAACACUCCCGCCGUCUCAUCGAUCCUGACCUCCCUAUCCAGGCAAGGCUUGAGAUGGUGGUGGAGGUCAGAGACAGUCUAGAGAUAGCUCAUACAGCUGAGUACUUGAAUUUCUUGAAAUGUUACUUCCCAGCAUUCUCAAUGAUUCUUCUACAGAACACGAAACCGCAGUUCAUUGAUAAUCCCGAGCACAAGUUGCGGAACAUCGUCGUCGAGAUACUUAAUCGUCUUCCUCACAGCGAGGUUCUUCGUCCCUUUGUGCAGGACCUCUUGAAGGUCGCUAUGCAGGUGCUCACGACGGAUAACGAAGAGAACGGGCUGAUCUGCAUCCGGAUAAUCUUCGACCUUCUUAGGAACUUUAGGCCAACGCUAGAGAACGAGGUUCAGCCAUUCCUAGACUUUGUAUGCAAGAUCUAUCAGAUUUUCAGAUUCACUGUUAGCCAUUUCUUCGACAAUGUUAAGAUGGAAGAGGUGAAGCCUGUGGAGACGUCUACGUCUUCUGAUCAUCAGUCCCUUACACCUAUCACACCUGUCGGGAACGGGCAGCUUAACCCGAGUACUCGGUCGUUCAAGAUAAUCACGGAGAGCCCUCUUGUUGUCAUGUUCCUUUUCCAGCUCUAUAGUCGGCUCGUACAGACCAACAUCCCUCAUCUGCUUCCCUUAAUGGUCGCUGCUAUAUCUGUCCCUGGACCUGAGAAUGUCCCUUCGCAUUUGAAGCCUCAGUUCAUAGAGUUGAAGGGUGCACAGGUUAAGACGGUUUCUUUUUUGACAUAUUUGUUAAAAAGUUGCGCUGAAUAUAUCCGGCCGCAUGAAGAAAGUAUAUGUAAAAGCAUUGUAAAUUUGCUUGUGACCUGUUCAGACUCUGCAUCUAUCAGAAAGGAACUCUUAGUUUCAUUAAAGCAUGUGCUUGGGACGGAUUUCAAGAGAGGCUUAUUUCCUCUUAUUGACACUCUUUUAGAUGAGAGGGUUCUAGUUGGAACAGGACGAGCUUGUUUUGAGUCUUUGAGGCCUUUGGCUUACAGCCUGCUCGCGGAGAUCGUUCACCACGUUCGCGGAGACCUUUCUCUUUCUCAGUUAUCGCGGAUUAUCUACCUAUUUUCAAGAAACAUGCAUGACUCUACCCUCUCUCUUAGUAUCCAUACAACAUGUGCUCGGCUGAUGCUAAAUCUGGUAGAACCAAUAUUUGAGAAAGGUGUUGAUCAGCAGUCAAUGGAUGAAGCACGGGUUUUACUGGGACGUAUCCUCGAUGCCUUUGUUGGGAAAUUCAGUACUUUCAAGCGAACUAUUCCUCAGCUUUUGGAGGAGGGUGAGGUGGGAAAGGAUCGGGUCACGUUGAGGGCAAAGCUUGAACUUCCUGUCCAGGCAGUUUUGAAUGUGCAGGUUCCUGUCGAACAUUCAAAAGAAGUGAAUGAUUGUAAGAAUUUGAUCAAGACACUGGUCAUGGGAAUGAAAACAAUAAUAUGGAGUAUAACCCAUGCCCAUUUACCUCGACCUCAGGGGAUGAACCCUCAAGCUCUGGCUUCACAAUCAUCUGCUCCUCAGGGUUUUAAAGGAAUGAGAGAAGAUGAGGUGUGGAAAGCCUCUGGUGUUUUAAGGAGUGGUGUUCACUGCUUAGCUCUCUUCAAAGAAAAGGAUGAGGAGAAGGAAAUGCUUAGUCUUUUCUCCCAGAUUCUUGCUAUUAUGGAACCUCGAGAUCUAAUGGACAUGUUCUCUUUAUGCAUGCCAGAGCUUUUUGAGUGCAUGAUUAACAAUAAUCAACUGGUUCAGAUAUUUGCAGCACUUCUGCUAGCUCCCAAAGUCUACAAGCCAUUUGCAGAUGUUUUGAUUAAUUUACUAGUAAGCAGCAAACUUGAUGUUCUGAAGAAUCCAGAUUCAGAUGCAACUAAAUUAGUUUUGCAUCUGUUUAGAUGCAUCUUUGGGGCUGUUACGAAAACACCAUCGGAUUUUGAAAGAAUAUUACAGCACCACGUGCCUGUUAUUAUGGAAGUCUGCAUGAAGAAUGCUACCGAAGUUGAAAAACCUCUUGGUUAUAUGCAAUUGCUCCGCACUGUGUUCAGAGGUCUCGCUGGGUGUAAAUAUGAGCUGCUUCUGAGAGAUUUGAUUCCAAUGCUGCUACCUUGUCUUAAUAUUCUUCUGACAAUGCUCGAAGGUCCAGCUGGGGAGGACAUGAAAGAUCUUUUGUUAGAGCUUUGUUUGACGCUUCCUGCACGCUUGAGCUCCUUAUUGCCAUACCUUCCCCGUCUCAUGAAGCCUCUUGUGUUCACUUUGAGGGGAAGCGAUGAACUUGUGAGCUUGGGGUUACGCACCCUUGAAUUCUGGGUGGAUAGUCUGAAUCCUGAUUUUCUGGAACCUAGCAUGGCGAAUGUGAUGUCUGAAGUGAUCUUAGCAUUAUGGUCCCAUUUGAGGCCUGUGCCAUAUCCUUGGGGUGGAAAAGCUUUACAAAUCCUUGGAAAGUUGGGUGGUCGCAACCGAAGAUUUUUGAAAGAGCCUCUUACACUUGAAUGCAAAGAUAAUCCAGAGCAUGGGCUCCGGUUAGUUCUUACAUUUGAGCCAUCCACGCCAUUUCUGGUGCCGUUAGACAAAUUCAUUAAUCUUGCUGUAACAGCGGUUAUUCAGAGGAACAAUGGCAUGGACAUCUACUACCGAAAGCAAGCUCUAAAAUUCCUCCGUGUAUGCUUAUUGUCUCAGCUAAAUUUGCCUGGAUGUGUCACUGAUGUGGGUCAAACGCCCAGGCAAUUAUCAACUUUGUUACGUUCCUCUGUUGAUUCAUCUUGGCACAGGAGUGAAUCAGUGGAAAUUAAGGCUGACCUAGGAGUAAAAACAAAGACCCAGUUAAUGGCUGAGAAGUCAAUCUUCAAGACACUGUUGAUCACUAUACUUGCUGCCAGUUCUGAUUCGGAUCUCAGUGACUCGGAUGAUGACUUUGUUGUUAACAUUUGCCGCCAUUUUGCUAUUGUUCUGCAUAUUGACUAUACCUCCUCAAAUGCAUCAGCUAGCACCAGUUCACUUGGGGGUUCUGUGAUUUCGGCGAGUUCCAGGUCCAAGGGUAAUCGAUCGUCUAACUUAAAGCAGUUAGAUCCUUUGAUAUUUUUAGAUGCGCUGGUCGAUGUGCUUGCAGAUGAAAACAGGCUCCACGCCAAAGCUGCUCUGAAUGCGUUAAAUGUGUUUGCUGAAACACUUUUGUUCCUUGCUCGUGUCAAACAUGCUGAUGUGCUGAUGGCUAGGGGUGGUCACAAUGCUUCCAUGAUUGUCUCGAGCCCUUCAACAAAUCCUGUAUAUUCACCCCAUCCAAGUGUGCGAAUUCCAGUGUUUGAACAACUUUUGCCCCGGCUUUUGCAUGGCUGUUAUGGGAGCACAUGGCAAGCGCAGAUGGGAGGGGUUAUGGGGUUAGGUGCAUUGGUGGGAAAAGUGAAUGUUGAAACAUUAUGUCAUUUCCAAGUAAAGAUUGUGCGUGGUCUGGUUUAUGUUCUAAAGCGGCUUCCUGUUUAUGCUAGCAAAGAGCAAGAUGAGACGAGUCAGGUUCUUAUGCAGAUUCUACGAGUGGUUAAUAAUGUUGACGAAGCAAACAGUGAAGCACGUAGAAAAAGCUUUCAAGAUGUUGUAGAAUAUCUUGCUACAGAGUUGUUCAAUCCUAACGCAUCCAUCCCUGUGAGGAAAAAUGUACAGAACUGCCUUGCACUUUUGGCUAGCCGAACUGGAAGUGAGGUAACUGAGUUGCUUGAGCCUUUGUACCAACUAUUGCUGCAGCCACUUAUAAUGCGUCCACUACGAUCAAAGACAGUUGAUCAACAGGUUGGAACAGUUGCAGCUUUAAAUUUUUGCUUGGCACUGAGGCCCCCACUUCUAAAAGUGACUCCGGAGUUGGUUAAUUUUCUGCAAGAAGCAUUGCAAAUAGCUGAGGCUGAUGAAACUGCAUGGGCUGUGAAAUUGAUGAAUCCUAAAGUACUUACAUCGUUGAACAGACUUCGAACAGCUUGUAUCGAGCUUCUGUGCACAACUAUGGCGUGGACUGAUUUCCGAACGCAGACUCACAAUGAACUACGAGCCAAAAUAAUUUCCAUGUUUUUCAAGUCUCUAACAUGUAGAGCACCAGAAAUCGUGGCGGUCGCUAAGGAGGGUUUAAGACAGGUUAUUAAUCAACAACGAAUGCCCAAGGAACUUCUUCAGAGUAGCCUCAGGCCGAUACUAGUGAAUUUGGCACACACAAAGAAUCUCAGUAUGCCUUUACUGCAAGGUCUGGCACGCCUUCUUGAGCUUCUGUCAAAUUGGUUUAAUGUGACAUUAGGAGGAAAGUUGCUGGAGCACCUCAAAAAAUGGUUGGAGCCAGAGAAACUUGCCCAGUCUCAGAAAUCAUGGAAAGCUGGAGAAGAGCCCAAAAUAGCAGCUGCUAUUAUUGAGCUCUUCCACUUACUUCCACAUGCUGCUUCAAAAUUUCUAGAUGAACUUGUAACCUUAACCAUUGACUUAGAAGCAGCUCUUCCUCCUGGGCAAGUGUACAGUGAGAUUAAUAGCCCAUACCGUCUACCGCUUACCAAGUUUUUGAAUCGAUAUGCAAGCCUCGCUGUUGAUUAUUUUCUUUCUAGAUUAAGUGAACCAAAAUAUUUCCGAAGGUUUAUGUAUAUAAUCCGAUCAGAUGCGGGCCAACUAUUAAGAGAAGAACUAGCAAAGUCUCCACAGAAGAUACUUUCAUAUGCCUUUCCUGAAAUUUUACCAAAACCUGAUGCUACAAUGAGCACGACAGCUUCAACUCCUCCAGCUACAUCAUGUGGAGAUGAAAAUCUUGUCUCUGUUAAAUCGGAGAGUUCUAACACGGCAUUAACAAAGGCUAAUGAAGCAUCGGAUGCGUAUUUUCAGGGGCUCUAUCUCAUUAAAACAAUGGUGAAACUGAUACCCAGCUGGCUGCAGAGUAACCGCAGUGUUUUUGAUACCUUGGUUCUCAUUUGGAAAUCACCUUCAAGGAUAUCUCGUUUGCAGAAUGAGCAAGAGCUGAACUUAGUUCAGGUGAAAGAGAGCAAAUGGCUUGUGAAGUGCUUCUUGAAUUACCUACGGCAUGAAAAAUCUGAAGUGAAUGUUCUCUUCGACAUUCUCUCGAUUUUCUUGUUCCAUAGCCGCAUUGACUACACCUUUUUGAAGGAAUUCUACAUUAUUGAGGUUGCUGAAGGUUAUCAGCCCAACAUGAAAAGAGCACUUCUCCUGCAUUUUCUUGACCUUUUCCACUCCAAACAACUCGGCCAUGAUCAUUUAGUUCAGGCAAUGCAAAUGCUUAUUCUUCCAAUGCUUUCUCAUGCUUUCCAAAACGGCCAAACAUGGGAGGUUAUUGACCCUGAUAUUGUCAAAACCAUUGUGGAGAGGCUUCUUGAUCCACCCGAAGAGGUUUCGGCUGAAUAUGAUGAACCUUUAAGGAUCGAACUUUUGCAAUUAGCAACUUUGCUUCUAAAAUAUCUCCAGAGUGACUUGGUUCAUCAUAGAAAAGAGCUCAUUAAGUUUGGAUGGAAUCAUCUCAAACGGGAAGAUAGUGCCAGUAAACAGUGGGCAUUUGUUAAUGUUUGCCACUUCUUGGAUGCUUACCAGGCUCCUGAGAAAAUAAUUCUUCAGGUUUUCGUUGCGCUUCUUAGGACAUGCCAGCCGGAGAAUAAGAUGCUAGUUAAGCAAGCCCUGGAUAUUCUAAUGCCGGCUUUACCUAAAAGGCUACCUCUUGGCGAUUCACGCAUGCCAAUUUGGAUAAGAUACACCAAAAAAAUAUUGGUGGAGGAAGGUCAUUCAAUUCCAAAUCUGAUCCACAUCUUCCUACUUGUUGUUCGGCAUUCAGAUCUCUUUUACAGCUGUAGAGCACAAUUUGUCCCUCAGAUGGUGAAUUCAUUAAGUCGUUUAGGUUUGCCAUAUAAUACUACUGUUGAGAAUAGGCGGCUGGCAAUUGAACUUGCUGGAUUGGUUGUCAGCUGGGAAAGGCAAAGACAGAAUGAAAUGAAAAUGGCCACUGAUACUGAUGGAACCAGUCAGGCUCCUGAUGAAUUACAUACUUCAUCUGGUGCUGAUCCUAAGCGUUCAACAGAUGGAUCUGCCACAUCAGAAGAUCCAAGUAAACGAGUUAAAAUUGAACCUGGUCUCUCAUCAAUCUGUGUCAUGUCACCUGGUGGUGGAUCAUCAAUCCCCAACGUCGAGACUCCUGGAUCUGCUACCCAGCCUGACGAGGAAUUCAAGCCAAAUGCUGCCAUGGAAGAAAUGAUCAUUAAUUUUCUCAUAAGAUCAGAUCCGGCAACAGCACUUGCUCAGGGAUUGGAUGUCAUGAACAAAGUUCUGGAAAAGCAGCCACAUCUUUUCAUUAGGAACAACAUCAGCCAGAUUUCGCAGAUUCUUGAACCGUGUUUCAAACACAAGAUGCUCGAUGCUGGUAAAUCGUUAUGCUCCUUGUUGAAGAUGGUCUUCACCGCGUUCCCUCUGGAUGCAGCUAAUACACCAUCUGACAUAAAGCUAUUGUACCAGAAAGUCAAUGAGCUGAUAAACAAACAUGUGACUGCUGUUACUGCUCCACAAGCUUCAGGAGAUGAUAACUCUUAUGGUUCAGUUAGCUUUGUACUUCUUGUCAUCAAAACCUUGGCCAGGGUACAUAAAAACUUUGUUGAUUCAUAUGUGGUGGUGCGUAUCCUUCAACGCCUUGCGCGGGACCUGGGAUCAGCUGUGGGUUCUCAUCCUAGACAAGGUCAGCGAGCAGAUUCAGAUUCUGCAGUAACUUCUUCUCGUCAAAGUGCUGAUGUUGGAUCAGUCAUAUGUAAUAUAAAGUCGGUCAUGGAACUUAUUGAUGAAACGGUCAUGCUUAUACCAGAUUGCAAAAAAUCUGUUACUCAAAUACUGAACACCUUGCUUUCCGAAAAGGGUACUGAUGCUAGUGUGCUUCUCUGCAUACUUGACAUGAUAAAAAGGUGGGUUGAGGAUGAUUCCAGCAAAACAGGUGCAUCUGGAAUGUCUGGUUCUUUCCUUACCCAAAAGGAUGUAGUUGCUUUUCUCAAUAAGCUUUCGUGUAUUGAUAAGCAACACUUCGCAUCUGAUGCUUUGGAAGAGUGGGAUCAGAAGUAUCUGCAGCUGUUAUAUGGACUUUGUGCGGAUUCAACAAAGUACCCACUGGCCUUACGACAAGAGGUCUCUCUGAAAGUUGAAAGACAUUUUAUGCUUGGUUUACGGGCAAGGGAUCCUGAGAUGAGAAGGAAGUUCUUCUUGUUAUAUCACGAGUCUCUUGGAAAAAAUUUGUUUGCACGGUUGCAGUACAUUGUUCAAAUCCAGGAUUGGGAAGCUUUAAGUGAUGUUUUUUGGCUCAAACAAGGUCUUGAUCUCCUUUUAGCUAUCUUAGUCGAGGAUAAGCCAAUUAGUCUGGCGCCAAAUUCUGCCAGGGUACCACCACUUUUACCUUCUGAUAAUCCUGGAAUACAACACCAGCCUCUUGCUACCUUAGAGGGUCCUGAAGAAGUUGCUUCAAUGUUUGACAACAUUGUUAUGAAGCAUGCACAAUUUCUGAGCGCGACAAGCAAACUUCAGGUGGCUGAUGUUGUCAUCCCUUUGAGGGAGCUGGCACACACGGAUGCAAAUGUCGCAUAUCAUCUGUGGGUUUUGGUAUUUCCAAUUGUAUGGGUAACCCUGCUCAAGGAAGAACAGGUUACUUUGGCUAAACCUAUGAUUUCUCUCCUGUCAAAGGACUACCAUAAGAAGCAGCAAGGACACCGGCCAAAUGUUGUGCAAGCACUCCUGGAAGGGCUUCAGUUGAGCCACCCGCAGCCUAGGAUGCCUAGUGAGCUUAUCAAAUAUAUUGGAAAAACGUACAAUGCAUGGCAUCUCGCGUUGGCGUUGCUAGAGAGCCAUGUGAUGUUGUUCAUGACUGACUCAAAAUGUGCCGAGUCUCUUGCUGAGCUUUAUCGUUUGUUAAAUGAAGAAGAUAUGAGAUUUGGGUUGUGGAAGAAGCGGUCCAUCACUGCUGAAACGAGAUCUGGACUUUCAUUAGUUCAGCAUGGUUUUUGGCAGCGUGCUCAAAGCCUCUUUUAUCAGGCAAUGGUUAAGGCAACCCAAGGCACUUAUAAUAACACAGUCCCUAAGGCUGAAAUGUGUCUGUGGGAGGAGCAGUGGCUUCACUGUGCCACUCAGCUUGGUCAAUGGGAUGCCCUGGUAGAUUUUGGUAAAAGCAUUGAGAACUAUGAAAUACUGCUUGAUAGUCUUUGGAAACUACCAGAUUGGGCAUAUUUGAAGGACCACGUGAUACCAAAGGCACAAGUAGAAGAAACUCCAAAGCUUCGACUGGUUCAAGCUUAUUUUGCCCUUCACGAUAGAAAUUCAAAUGGCGUCGGAGAUGCUGAUAACAUAGUUGGGAAAGGCGUUGAUCUUGCCUUGGAACAGUGGUGGCAGUUGCCUGAAAUGUCUGUUCAUGCUAGAGUGCCUUUACUGCAGCAAUUCCAACAGCUAGUUGAGGUUCAGGAGUCUGCUAGAAUUUAUGUUGACGUCGCAAAUGGGAACAAAGUUGCAGGAAAUGCAGCUGUCGGACUGGGAAAUCGUUAUGCAGAUCUGAAAGAUAUUCUUGAGACUUGGAGGCUGAGGACUCCAAAUGAAUGGGACAAUAUGACAGUCUGGUAUGAUAUGCUGCAGUGGAGGAAUGAAAUGUAUAAUGUUGUUAUUGAGGCGUUUAAGGACUUUGCUACUUCAAAUUCUCAACUCCAUCACCUUGGGUUCCGUGACAAAGCAUGGAACGUCAAUAAGCUUGCCAGGAUAGCACGGAAACAAGGGCUUUAUGAUGUUUGUGUACAGAUACUUGAAAAAAUGUAUGGACACUCGACAAUGGAAGUACAGGAAGCCUUUGUUAAAAUUAGAGAGCAGGCAAAAGCUUAUCUGGAAAUGAAGGGAGAGCGUGCUAGUGGUCUGAAUCUGAUCAAUAGCACAAAUUUGGAGUAUUUUCCAGAUAAGAUCAAAGCAGAGAUCUUUCGUCUGAAGGGGGAUUUUCAUUUGAAAUUAAAUGACACCGAAGGUGCUAAUAUCGCAUAUUCCAAUGCAAUCAGCCUGUUCAAGAAUUUGCCCAAAGGAUGGAUAAGCUGGGGAAACUAUUGUGACAUGGCCUACCAAGAAACACAAGAUGAAAUCUGGCUUGAAUAUGCUGUCAGUUGCUUUCUUCAGGGUAUAAGAUUUGGAGUUUCCAAUUCCAGAAGUCACAUAGCUCGUGUUCUUUAUCUUCUUAGCUUCGAUACAGCGAAUGAACCUGUUGGCAGGGUGUUUGAUAAACACUUAGAACAAGUUCCUCAUUGGGUGUGGCUUUCUUGGAUCCCACAGCUGUUGCUUUCCCUACAAAGAACUGAAGCACCCCAUUGCAAAUUGGUGUUAUUGAAAAUUGCUUCAGUCUUCCCACAGGCUCUCUAUUACUGGUUGCGCACAUACUUACUGGAGCGACGCGAUGCGGUAAAUAAGUCUGAACUUGGCAGAUUGGUUUUGGCUCAAAGAAUGCAGCAGCAAAAUGCUUCUGGUGUAGCGGCUCACGGUGGAGGCAAUUUACCAUCGGAAACUCAAAUCCAUCAAGGCGCUCAAACUAGCGGAGCCAGUGGAACCCAUGACAGUGGUAACCCACAUGGGCAAGAAAGUGAACGCUCCACCGCAGAAAAUAAUGCCCAUCCCGGGAAUGAUCAAUCGAUGCACCAAAGCAACUCUACUAUUAAUGAAAACAAUGAAAACACAGCGAGGCGGAAUGGUGCAUCCUUGGCAUUCUCUGCUGCGGGUGCUUUUGACGCUGCCAAGGAUAUCAUGGAAGCUCUUAGGAGUAAACAUAACAACUUAGCCAGUGAACUCGAGGUUCUUCUCACGGAAAUAGGUUCGAGAUUUGUUACAUUACCAGAAGAAAGAUUGCUGGCUGUUGUGAAUGCUCUGUUGCAUCGCUGCUACAAGUAUCCAACUGCCACCACUGCUGAGGUUCCCCAACCGCUCAAAAAGGAACUGUCGGGUGUCUGCAGAGCUUGUUUCUCGGCAGAUGCUGUGACCAAACAUGUCGAAUUCGUGAAAGAGUACAAACAGGAUUUUGAGCGUCACCUUGAUCCAGAAAGUACAGCAACGUUCCCGGUCACGCUUGCUGAGCUGACAACACGACUGAAAAAAUGGAAAAACAUACUUCAGAGCAACGUUGAAGACAGGUUUCCGGCUGUGCUAAGAUUGGAAGAUGAAAGCAGGGUAUUGCGUGACUUUAAUGUUGUUGACGUGGAGAUCCCAGGACAGUAUUUUGCUGAUCAGGAAGUAGCGCCUGAUCAUACAGUGAAGUUGGAUAGGGUUGGAGCAGAUGUACCUAUUGUUCGAAGGCAUGGAAGCAGCUUCAGGCGGCUGACUCUUAUUGGCUCAGAUGGCUCGCAAAAGCAUUUUAUAGUCCAGACAUCACUGACGCCUAAUGCCAGAAGUGAUGAACGCAUCUUGCAGCUUUUCCGUGUGAUGAACCAAAUGUUUGAUAAGCAUAAGGAAUCAAGAAGGCGACACAUUGGUAUCCACACUCCAAUCAUCAUUCCUGUCUGGUCUCAGGUCCGGAUGGUUGAGGAUGAUCUCAUGUACAACACCCUCUUAGAGGUGUAUGAGAAUCACUGUGCACGUAAUGACCGAGAGGCAGAUCUUCCGAUAAACCACUUCAAGGAGCAACUCAAUCAAGCUAUAUCAGGGCAAGUCACAGCAGAGGCAAUAGGAGAUCUUCGUCUGCAGGCUUACAGCGACAUCACAAAGACCUUGGUCAACGACAGUAUAUUCUCUCAGUACAUGUACAAAACGUUGAUGAGCGGAAGCCAUAUGUGGGCUUUCAAGAAGCAGUUCGCAGUCCAGCUAGCUGUCUCCAGCUUCAUGUCCUUCAUGCUACAAAUCGGCGGGAGGUCCCCGAACAAGGUCUUGUUCGCGAAAAACACCGGGAAAAUGUUCCAGACUGAUUUUCACCCUGCCUAUGACGCCAACGGGAUGAUCGAGUUCAACGAACCCGUACCUUUCCGCCUCACAAGGAACAUGCAAGCUUUCUUCUCUCAGUUUGGAGUCGAAGGUCUUCUCAUGUCAUCCAUGUGCUCAGCAGCUCAAGCAGUCAUCUCCUCCAAGCAAAACGAUCAUCUUCGGUAUCAACUGGCUAUGUUCUUCCGUGAUGAACUGCUGUCUUGGUUCGGAAGAAGACCUCUUGGUGUGCCGAUUCCGCCUGUUGGAGGAAUCGCUACGUUGAACUCAGCCGAGCUCAAGGACAAAGUUAACUCCAACGUGAAAGAGGUUAUUGGUCGGAUCAGAGGAAUAGCCCCACAGUACUUUUCCGAAGAGGACGAGAACAUCGUGGAGCCGCCACAGUCGGUGCAAAGAGGAGUGAACGAGUUGGUGGAGGCAGCCUUGUCGCCUCGCAACUUGUGUAUGAUGGACCCAACAUGGCAUCCUUGGUUCUAACUUCCAUUAUUAGUUUAUAGAUUAUUUGUGUUUGUAAAUAUUUUAACUCUGUAAUGUAUUUAUCACUCCUUUGGUUAAUGACGAUGUUUAGUGACAUUUUCUGUACUAAUAUAAAAUGUACUUUUGCCAAGUUUUCUUUUUUCAACUGUUCUCCAAAAAUGUCGUGAGAGUUGUAAAGAAGAUUAUAAGCAACGAUCAAGAACAAUAUUUCAUUUAUCAAAUCAUUGGAUGCAUUUUUAGUUUUAAA